AUGUCAUCGAAGAAUGUGUGGUCGGUCAGGUUUACAGCUUCAGGUUUGAACGUCCGCGCCGGUAUCACCACCACAAACCCGAGGAACAGUCGAGGAUGUGUAGGUCGAGUUGCUAUAUACCAUUUGGACGAAACCGACAGAAACCGUGAUACGUGUGUCAUAGUUGGGAAUCCUUUUUGGCACGCGGACCUUCCCUGCACUACAGGUUAA